GACCAGUGUGAGUAAAAGUCGCCUUCCUCCUCUUCCUCCUCCUCCUUCUUGUCCAUGGGGCUCAUUUGUGUCCGGAUACAAACACACAACUCCACUUUUCUUGUCAUAUGCACACUGUAACUGCUAGACGUCACGAUAUUAAUCACAAAAAGGGGACCUUCAAGUGUGGGACAUUCUCCAGGAUGGAGGAUUCUCCAUCCAAGCUAUCGGUGGCCGAGCUGGCUGGCAGGUUCAAAGGUCAUAUACUACCCAUGCCCACUGCACAUGACGAGUCUCCAUUUCGACGAAAACCUCCAUGUUCGCUGAGGUUUCCAGUUCGAGAAGGUGACGUGCAAGGAUCCGAUACAAACACAGUUUCCACAAGUCCGAUUCAAAUCAGGAUGAAGAGCUCCAACAUCAUUGAGAGACUUCAGGAAGCUGUAAAUCCACUGGCAGAUGACAGGCGAAACGUUGAGCUGGAGAAGCUUGGAGGAGAGGAGUUCGGGGAUGAUGGUGAUGGUGUUGAACGCAGAGCUGAAGUCCACAAACUGGAUCCUCGCGCCAACCUCGCUCUGUCGCCCACCACCCUGCUGCCAUCGCCCAAGGGCGCAGAGUUGAACCGGCAGCCUGAUUCGCCGCCGCCACCCCUCGCCGCCGUCGGAACCACCGUGUCCCCGCUUAGCCCCGACCUGCAGCCCGCCCAGCUGUCCGUCGAGGAGCAGGAGCAGGAGGAGCCCGUCAGCUUCAACAGCACUCCUGAAGGUGCCACGCUCCCCAGCUUCCACAAGACUCGAGUACGGCUGUCGUUCAAGAGGCGUCCGCCCAGCAGACAACACAGGAGGUCGGCGGGGGAGGAGGCGUCGCUCUUCCGGUCGCCGAGUGAGCUGCGCUCGCCCGAAGCCAACGGGGACGCCCUUUUACAAUGCGCGGACCGGGUCACUCUUGAAGAAGGCGAGGAUGACAAGGGGGAGCCCAGGGACAGUGAGGAGGAGCAGGGGGCGCGAGCAAAGGCACCCCCAGAGGACGAAGAGGAGACUCGGGCGGAGGAAGUGCGCCGGACCCACCAGAUGGAUGGACUGAUGGGUGAACUGUGACUGCAAAAAAAAACACGCAAAAGAUUUUGGAAUAUUUAACUGCUUUGACUAAUAAGGCAACUUGCCUGCUCUGACGCCCUCGGCUGGCGCUUUAUAGAACAGGUCCUCAAGUCUAUAUGUGGAUUAUAUACUGUACAUUGCUGUUGAUCGAGUACAAAGGAGUACUAGGGCCACCCUGAAAAGAAAAGAAAGAAUGAAGUUGUAAUCUUACGAGGAAAAAGUAGUAUUUUUUUUUUCGAAAUAAAAAGUUAUCUCUUUCAUAGUUUAGUCGUAAUUUUAAGAAAAUAAAUGACUUUUACAUCUUUUUCCCCUCAAAAACAUAUAACUUUAUUUUCUUAAUAUCACGACUUGUAUCUCAAAAAUAUAACUUUAUUCUUGUAUUAUAACAACUUUAACAACUUUUUUUUUCCUCAAACGUUUCUCCUUGAACAUGUAUGAUUUCAUUCUUCUAAUAUUAUGAGUUUUAUUCUCAGAAAUAUUCAACUUUUUUUUCUUGAAAGUAAACAAUUUCUUCAAUGAAAAUAUAUUAUUUGUAUUGCAAUUUCAAUCUUGGAAAUAUACAUGUUUUUUUCCUGAAAGUACACCAAUUUAUUUUUUGGGGAAAAUACAUGAUUUUAUUCUUGUAAUUUGCAACAUGUCUUGAAAAUAUCCACAUUUUCUUUCUCGAAAAUAUAUUUAUUUUGCACUACACUAGUAUUUACAACUUCUAUCUCAACGAUAUAUGUUUUUCAUGAAAAUACAGUUUUCAACUUUUUUCUUUCGAUAUUUUAGUGUAUUUUUGUUUUCUUUUCAGUGUGGCCUUAACACUCCUUCGUAACAAAAAAACUAGAUGUAUUUUUGUUUGGCUGAGAGAACAAAUAUUUUGGACUUCCAUCCAUCCAUCCAUUUUCUGAGCCGCUUCUCCUCAAGCGGGUCGCGGGCGUGCUGGAGCCUAUCCCAGCUGUCAUCGGGCAGGAGGCGGGGUACACCCUGAACUGGUUGCCAGCCAAUCGCAGGGCACAUAGAAACAAACAACCAUUCGCACUCACAGUCAUGCCUACGGGCAAUUUAGCGUCUCCAAUGAAUGCAUGUUUUUGGGAUGUGGGAGGAAACCGGAGUGCCCGGAGAAAACCCACGCAGGCACGGGGAGAACAUGCCAACUCCACACAGGCGGGGAUGGGGAUUGAACCCCGCACCUCAGAACUGUGAGGCUGACGCGCUAACCAGUCGUCCACCGUGCCGCCUAUUUUGGACUUGUAUAUAAUAAAUAUUUUAAGAGACAUAAAUGUAUAAAAAAAAAACUCCCACUGGUAUUAUGUGCUUUUCUUGCAUAGUUUUUCAUGUGUGUAAUUUUCUGCUUGUCUUUAAUUUUAAUACAUAUCAGGCUGGACUCCGGCUAUUGGAAGCCAUGCACAAUAAUAAACAGUUUCCUGUUUGUGUUACAUAAAAAUCGGUCUUCAAAUGUAUUCUGAUCCUAAAUUUAAAUUCUACAAAAAAAAAAAAUAAUAAAAUAAAAUACAUGGGUCACGUUGAUACAAUUGGUACAAUGCUAGUGAUGUAAUGUUACAUUCUUUCAGCUGUAAUUAACUCGCCUUCCUAAAACGAUACUGAAUCAUUUGCUGCAAUAAAGAUUUUUUUCCGUG